AUGCAGAAGACCCGGGCCAUCAAUUCUGCCUUGGGCUCCCGGGCCUUUGCCCCCGUCCCGCGAGUGCACGUUCAGUUCCAACGCCGCACUCUCCAGGAUGUCGCCAUCUCCCGCACCGGAAAGCCCCUUCUGAAGGUCCAGGGUGGCCGGUCGUCUCUUGGAGGUCACACCGCGACGGUCUUUGGUGCCACCGGAUUCCUUGGUCGCUAUAUUGUCAACAAGCUCGCUACCCAGGGAUGCACCGUGGUCGUUCCCUACCGAGAGGAGAUGGCCAAGCGCCACCUGAAGGUGACGGGUGAUCUUGGCCGGGUUGUUUUCAUUGAAUACGACCUGCGCAACACCCAGUCCAUCGAGGAGAGCGUCCGUCACUCCGAUGUCGUCUACAACCUGACUGGUCGCCAAUACCCUACGAAGAACUUCACCUACGCGGACGUUCACGUUGACGGUGCCGAGCGCAUCGCCGAGGCUGUGGCCAAGUACGAUGUUGACCGAUUCAUCCACGUUUCUUCCUACAAUGCCCGCCGGGACUCGCCCUCCGAGUACUUUGCUACCAAGGCAUGGGGAGAGGAAAUCGUUCGCCAAAUCUACCCCGAGACGACCAUUGUGCGCCCGGCCCCGAUGUUCGGGUUCGAAGACAACCUCCUCCACAAGCUGGCCAGCAAUGCCAACCUGUUCACGGCCAACCACAUGCAGGAGCGUUUCUGGCCUGUCCACGCGAUCGAUGUCGGCACCGCGCUGGAGCGCAUGCUGCACGACGACUCGACCGUCGGCCAAACGUUCGAGCUGUAUGGCCCGAAGAACUACUCGACCGCGGAGAUCGCCGAGCUGGUCGACCGAGAAAUCAUCAAGCGGCGCCGCCACAUCAACGUGCCCAAGGCCCUCCUCAAGCCCAUGGCCCACUACCUGAACAAGUACCUCUGGUGGCACACCAUGUCGGCUGACGAGGUGGAGCGCGAGUUCAUUGACCAGGAGAUCGACUCGACGGCCAAGACCUUCAAGGAUCUGGGCAUUGAGGAGCCUGCCGACCUGGCCGAUCUGACCUUCCACUACUUGCAAGGAUACCGCAGUGCCUCGUACUAUGACCUGCCUCCGGCCACGGAGCGCGAGCAGCGCGAGGAGAAGAAGUACCUGCAUGUGCUGGACGACCAGUAG